AUGAGGAUUCCGCCGCCAGAAGUCAUUCUCAGUUGGCCAACACCACGUUACGACAACCCCGAAACGAGAGGCCCGGCCAACGAGAUCAUUGCUCUUAUCCUCCUGGCUAUUGCUACGACAAUCAUCGCCAUCCGGACAUACACCCGAAAACAUAUUACCAAUGGAUUUGGAUGGGAUGAUAUCCUCGUCAUCUUGGCGUUUAUUCCAGCUACGGGGUUCGUCGUGGUUGGAAUGAUAUCAAUGGACAGAUAUGGCUGGGGACGACACGUGUGGGAUGUGCCCGUCGACAGACUGACGGGAUCUCUUCAGAUGGGACUUGCCAGCCAAAUCUUGUUCGACCUAGCGACAACUUUCACAAAGCUAUCGAUGCUUGCCUUGAUAUAUCGCAUUGCGCACGAAGCUUCUCGGAAGUUCAGUCUUCUUGUCAUUGGAUUGGAGGCGUUCAUCGCUAUGAAUGGCAUAAUCUUCAUGCUCGUGGCGAUGUUGCAGUGUCGGCCACUAUCACAAUAUUGGACUCUGUCAGCAGAACCACAAAACUGCAUCAACGAGGCAGCUCACCUUCUGGUCGCAAGCAUUAUCAACACUGUCACCGACUUUGUGGUGGUGCUGCUUCCUCUGACACUGGUCCGCAUCGUCUACAAGAACAAGCUCUCUUCAAGACAAAUGCUCAUCGUCAACAUGUUGUUUGGCGCGGGAUUUCUCGCUUCCUUUGCAGGAGCAGCUCGCACGUAUUUCACCUGGGUCAUGACCACAGAAGCGGACGUCACAUGGAACGCCUGGAUGAAUUGGCUCAUGUCAUGUGUUGAGUUAUUUCUCGGGAUUAUCUGCACCAGUGUGCCGUCGACGAAGCCUUUUUUCAACCGCUACCUGCCAAGGCUACUAUCCUCAAAGUCGCACAAGUCACAACGCACAAGCUUACCGAUGGCCACCGACAAGGCUACGAAAGGAUCACAGAUGGGAAGCCAAUUGACCUUCGAGACUGAUCUGGAAGCCUCCGACACUAUUCCCAUGGAAUCCCCAGUGUCGACACCCACGCCUGGCAACGCAAAACGCCUCAGCGAAGGGACAUUGAACAAACCCUUACCAGUGGUUAUCAAGAAGAACUCGGUCUACACCAUCAAGAUUCAAUUGGAUGAAGCCAGUUUGAGCCCCGCGGACAGGAGAGAUCGAACGUUGAAUCAACAAGCAAUCAGCGCUCCGAGCAACGGAAUACACAACUUCAGCCGACCAAAAGUCCUCCAAACCCGACGUAAUUCGGAACCACACAGCCAACAUCGUCUCAGCCUGUACAGCACCGGAGACGUGAACGACGACAACAGUCGGUACAGCCAGGCAAUGGACGACGUUGACAGCAGCUACCGGCACAGCAUCGACGAUGCUGAGGCUAGCAUUCUCCAAAGCUCUUACGACCCGCAGACCUAUGUCGCGUCUACACGAAACCUCACCGUCCCGACGAAAGGCCAUACCAAGAAUCCCUCUGUCGGCACUUUUGGGGGCUAA